GUACAGUACAGAGAGCGUAGAGCGCGAGCGGCAGUUGAGCGGCAGUGACAAUGCAGUCGGCGCAUCGCAUCCAUCCAGCCAAUCAGCGCGCGCCAGUCAUCGAAGCACCCUCCGAGCGUGUUCUCCAGUUUCCCUUCCUUUUGCUUCGUUUCCAUUUUUUUUCCCAAGUGAACUUCAAACCCUCCUUGCCAACCUCAACCUCCGCACCCUCCUAUGAACGCAGGUCAACGCACUCCCCUCCAACCCGCCCUCGGCUGCUUACACCCAACCUGCCUCCGACCCUAGUGAGCAGAGGGAACACGGCAACGUGUCGAUUGGGGAGAAGUUGAAGAUGGAGGUGGACAAAUCGGGGCGGAGGAGGAAAGAAAGGGGUAAAGACGACCGUCUCCGAGGCCGGGGCCGGGAUGCGAUGCGGAGCCCUUCUGUAUCGCUCUCACGAUCAAGGUCGCGAUCCGAGUCUAGGUCUCGCAAACGCAAUCGCGCGCCGUCUCGCUCGCCGGGGCGAGCACCUCUACCUCCCCGGGAUACGAGCAGUGCUCCAGCUCCGCCUCGACCAAUGCAGCCGCCUUUGCCCAGAGAGAGCUUCCGAGACGACCCGCCCUCUUGGCGAGACUCGAAUCGGGAACGUGGUAUGAUGACAACAUAUCCGUCUGAAAGUGCACACCGCACUUCAUACCCACAGCGGGAGAGAACACAGGAGAGGGGGAGGCAGAGGGAGCGGGGGAGGGAGGAGUGGGCGGCGGUGAAUGCCGGGCGCUGGCAGCUAGGGCGCAAACACGUUCGGGAUAACGCAGCGGCAAACCCGUGCCGCAAUCUUUGGCGCUUGGCGGGGAGGGAUGUGGGCUUGGAUGGUAGUGCGGCGGCCGUGGAGCUGUUGGGUUGGGCCGCCCAAAACAGGUGGAUAAGGUGCAAAACGCGAGGGAACCCUCACUGCGAGAACAAUGAGUGCAUUGUAUGUUGCCACAAUCGUGGCCUGCGCUGCCCACAUCAGGUCCUGGACGAAAUCAAACGGAAGAGGCGCCGCAGAUGAAAGUGUUUCCGGAGACGCUGCCUCAUGCCUACAGGUUGGAGCAAUAUCGCAACAGUAGCUACCAUACGGGAUUGGGGAGCUGAUCAGAUUCAUAUCGACGAAUCCCACAAAAGACAUAGGCACUGCUAGGUACCUUUCAUUGUUUCCUCCCUGAUACUCUGACCGCAACGCCCAUCUCACAAUGAU